CAAAUACUCAAAAAAGUGUUGAUGCUUUCUAUAGUAAAUUACAACCAACCAAACACAAUUUUUGGACAUUUUAUUUGUGUAAAACGAGUUUAAUGUCACAUAAAUACAGUUAAUUCAAUGGUAUAUUUUAAUAAUUAGGACAUGAAGAGUGCUCUAAGAACAAUCAUCGACAGAUGGAAGUGUCCCGUCGUGUAGAAAAACUUACAAUCUGCAUAAUCAGCUGUCAGUGAGAUAGAUCAUCUGUCCCUGUAAAUAUAAAAGCUAAAACAAUCAUAACACGUAUCAGUUCAGUGAAUGUAAAUAAUAAAGUGAACAAUAACACUACGAUGUGACCCUGAACGGCAAGUGACGGAAAGUGUUACGAAAACAGAAAUGGGAUAAUAACCUAACUGAGGUGCCAGCGGUCCUGACAUGGCUCUCCCAUGAGGCUGGAUUUUUAAUUUGGUUUACGUGCUAAACUUGAAUAAUGUCCGGUGAGUUUCCGUUCGUGUCUAAAAUCGUCAGUCCCGUGAAGUGCAAUGAGAAGCCUUGGGAUUUGUGGGUCAGUGAGAUAGGGCACCUGUCGCCGCGGCGGGACGACGAUGGGUUCGUGCCGCCGCUGGGGAUGGACGCGAAGGCGGUAUCCGCCCGCCGCGUCCACUCCGCACACCCCUACAAGACGGCGCGCCAUCGAAGGCCCGGCCUCAACCGUCUCAAACACGAGAGCAUGAGCCUCCAUGGACUGUUUCCCCAAUUAGACGACCUCAACGCGGCCGUGUGCCACAUGUGCGGUGUAAUAGUGAAGUGCAGUGCUGCAUACAGACAUUUGUUAGAAUCCCACUCCAAUGUAGACCCAAUACUCCCACCGCCACCAUCUAUCAUCACAAGUAAAAGCAGAAGUCGACAUAAAAAGGAAGCACCGCCACCACUGCCUGUAGACCUACACCCUGUCAAAAUGGAAACAUCUCCAGUUCACACUGCCGCAGCCCCAAUUUCAAGGAUAGUUUUACCACAGCCCGAUUUACAAUAUCUGGAGGAAGCCAGCACAUCUGCUGGAGUCACUGGUGAAGUGCAAGUCUGUGUAGAAACUGGAGAGUUACCAGUUGUCAGCAUACAGGACACGGAAGAAUUGCCCCUCGGUGAAAACAUUACUGAUGACAUAUUCGAUAUAAUGAACUCAGAGGGCAUACAAACCGCAGACGACCUCGCAAAUUCAACUGAUUGGAAAAACAUUAUUAGGGAUAUAGGUAAUAUGCCAGAUAUCAAUUUUCCUCAGGUCACAGAGCCAGUGCCUCCCCAAGAUUUAUACUCCACUGUUCAUCCAGCUACCCUAUCCGCAUACUCAAUACCAGAAGCGGACUUGUCCAAUAUUCAGUUCGUACCGAACGCUUCUCCGAUCAUACCUAACAUAGUAGAUGUCAAUGUGCUCAAUCAGACACAAACUCUGAAGGCGACGGCGCCGAGUAAGCCGAUAGCGAAAACGCCGUCGCGAUCGAAAUCGAGCAAAACGAAAUUCAACCUCCGAGAAUACGACCCGAACAAGCACUGCGGCGUGGUCACCGCUGAGAAUCCGAAGCCAUGCACGCGUUCGCUGACGUGUAAAGCGCACGCGUUGUCGCUGCGGCGGACGGUGGAGGGAAGAGCGAAGCCCUUCGACACGCUGCUGGCCGAGCACCGCGCCUCCCGCGACGCUGCGGCGGCACCGCCUGCGCCCGCCGUCGCCAUCCCACCGCUCCUAGUCAACGCCAACAUCGACCUCGGCUUCAACGGGCUCACGGCCGAGCAGCAAGUCGACAACAUCGUGGAGAGCCUCCUCCAAGAGUCCGGCGCGGUGCUCCCCGACACUUCCAACAUCUCCUCGCUGCUGAGCCAGCCGUUGACCGACCAGUUCUUGCUGCCGGAUGACGCGGAGUUCCCCCCGGAAGUGCCGUUGCUGAGUAUAGCGUCGCCGGUGGAGACGACGAGAGAAAAGCCGGACGAAGGGCCGCCGCCGCUGGUUCCAGCGGACGUGUGCUGGUACUCAUCGUCCCCGCGCCCCCUGGCGGUGUGCACGUUCAACGCGGCGUGCGCGGGCGGCGCGGUGACGCUAGGCAAGAAGUUCGCCACCGUCCGGAGUAACAUCAAAUCGUCCCUCUCUCGGUCGAGUAACAAAAACGCGGGCGCGAACAGCUUCUACUACGGCCAAAACUCGCUCUCUCUGUCCAAAACUGUGCAUAUGAACGCUAGUAAAACGAACAAACCCGAAGUGCGAAAACUGAUAGUGACGUGUAGUGCUAAGAGUGGUAGUAAGGAGGUGGGACAGACUCUGAGCGACUUGUUCUCCGGGGACGUGCGGCACGCGCUGAACGGGCACGUGCCGGAGGUGAAGGGGCGCGCGAGGCACGUCGCCAAGCGGCCGCCCUCAGCCGUGCUGGACCUCGGCUUCGCGCUGGACGUUCUCGCCGACGAAAAGUGCUAACUAAGCAAUCACCGGUUGUGUAGUCACGUAAUAUAAUUUGUAUAUUUAUUUUUUCUGUAAAAAGUAUUCGAAUCGAAGUCUACUAGUUUAUUGUAAAGAAAUCACUGAUAGUAAUUAUCGAAGGAAUUUGAAGUUGUUGCGAAAACAAGAGUUGUAAAUCUCAAUUUUAUUUUCUUUCAUUGCGAUCGAACUAAUGUUUGUAUUUUUUUUUAUAUGAAACAUAAGAUUUUUCUAAAAAAAUCUUUGUACGAAAUCGAGAUGCAGCAAUUGGUAUGAGUUAAUGGAAAUUAAAAUAGCUUAUACAGAUAUGGUUGUAUUUUUUCGAAAUGACAUUAUUAUUACUCAUGUUGAUACUGAAAUGAAUACUGAUCAAUAAAUGGCCUAGGAUUAAUAAUGAUUUAAUGUGAUGAAAAUUUCCAUGUAAAAAUAUAAAUAAAUAUAUAUAAGUCUAUCCAUAAUAGUAAAAGCCUCCUUUUGAAAAUAAAGGCAAAUACCUCAAUAAUUA